GCUCUCUGCUCCUCCCUGUUCUAGAGACAGCCGCAUCUUCUUGUGCAGUGCCAGGUGAAAAAGAAAAGAAAAAAAAGGACUGGGCCGCAGGAGGCCGGAGACGAAUGGAAAUUAGGAAUGGGGGGAAGGACGCUGUACGGGUUUAGGGGCGCUGGUGCGAGGUCCGGAAGCCGAGCCCAGGCUCCGCAUUGCAGAGGAUGCCUCGUCUCAUAGACAAGAUGGUGAAGGUCGGUGUGAACGGAUUUGGCCGUAUCGGACGCCUGGUUACCAGGGCUGCCUUCUCUUGUGACAAAGUGGACAUUGUUGCCAUCAACGACCCCUUCAUUGACCUCAACUACAUGGUCUACAUGUUCCAGUAUGACUCUACCCACGGCAAGUUCAACGGCACAGUCAAGGCUGAGAAUGGGAAGCUGGUCAUCAACGGGAAACCCAUCACCAUCUUCCAGGAGCGAGAUCCCGCUAACAUCAAAUGGGGUGAUGCUGGUGCUGAGUAUGUCGUGGAGUCUACUGGCGUCUUCACCACCAUGGAGAAGGCUGGGGCUCACCUGAAGGGUGGGGCCAAAAGGGUCAUCAUCUCCGCCCCUUCCGCUGAUGCCCCCAUGUUUGUGAUGGGUGUGAACCACGAGAAAUAUGACAACUCCCUCAAGAUUGUCAGCAAUGCAUCCUGCACCACCAACUGCUUAGCCCCCCUGGCCAAGGUCAUCCAUGACAACUUUGGCAUCGUGGAAGGGCUCAUGACCACAGUCCAUGCCAUCACUGCCACUCAGAAGACUGUGGAUGGCCCCUCUGGAAAGCUGUGGCGUGAUGGCCGUGGGGCAGCCCAGAACAUCAUCCCUGCAUCCACUGGUGCUGCCAAGGCUGUGGGCAAGGUCAUCCCAGAGCUGAACGGGAAGCUCACUGGCAUGGCCUUCCGUGUUCCUACCCCCAAUGUAUCCGUUGUGGAUCUGACAUGCCGCCUGGAGAAACCUGCCAAGUAUGAUGACAUCAAGAAGGUGGUGAAGCAGGCGGCCGAGGGCCCACUAAAGGGCAUCCUGGGCUACACUGAGGACCAGGUUGUCUCCUGUGACUUCAACAGCAACUCCCAUUCUUCCACCUUUGAUGCUGGGGCUGGCAUUGCUCUCAAUGACAACUUUGUGAAGCUCAUUUCCUGGUAUGACAAUGAAUAUGGCUACAGCAACAGGGUGGUGGACCUCAUGGCCUACAUGGCCUCCAAGGAGUAAGAAACCCUGGACCACCCAGCCCAGCAAGGAUACUGAGAGCAAGAGAGAGGCCCUCAGUUGCUGAGGAGUCCCCAUCCCAACUCAGCCCCCAACACUGAGCAUCUCCCUCACAAUUCCAUCCCAGACCCCAUAACAACAGGAGGGGCCUGGGGAGCCCUCCCUUCUCUCGAAUACCAUCAAUAAAGUUCGCUGCACCCUC